GCUGGGAACCGGGAUCCGCAGCCGGUUUGGCUGCUCCGAGCUCGGAACCCCGGCUUCCUGGAGACUACCCGGAGCCAACAAGUCCGCACUCAGAAGCAGCUGCAGCUUGGGGUCCGCCCCCCUCAACCCGGGAUCCCCUCUUCCCCGACCCGCUGCACCCUCUCCACCCGGCCCUUCUCCAGAGGCCAUGGACUCGGAGGAUGACCCUUUGCUGCAGGAUCUAUGGCUGGAAGAGGAGCAGGAUGAGGAGGAAGCAACAGAUGAGGCUUAUAGGAAGGCCCAGAAGCCAAGACCCCAGUGUUGCUGGCGGCACUGGACGCUGCCCUCCAGACCUCCAGUCUCAGGCUUCUGGAGCACCUUGGGCUGGGCUUUCACCAAUCCGUGCUGUGCGGGGCUGGUUCUCUUCUUGGUGUGCAGCAUCCCCAUGGCCCUGUCGGCCUUCAUGUUCCUUUACUAUCCGCCUCUGGACAUUGACAUCUCCUACAACGCCUUCGAGAUCCGCAACCAUGAGGCCUCCCAGCGUUUUGAUGCCCUGACAAUGGCGCUCAAGUCCCAGUUUGGCUCCUGGGGCCGCAACCGACGUGAUCUAGCUGACUUCACCUCUGAAACGCUGCAGCGCCUCAUUUCCGAGCAACUGCAGCAGUUGCAGUUGGGCAACCAUUCGAGGGGCAAUGCCAGGGCCCCCCCAAUGGUCCCCAAGGCCCAGCCAACUCCAAGCAGGCUCGCCAGAGAGCCACGGCGGAACCGGAAGUCACCCACAGCCAAUCAGAACAGGCGUCGGCGUGAGGCUCCGCCCCUGGCAGAGCCGACAGCCAAUCAGAGCCAAGCCCAGAACCGGAUGUCAGCUCCCUCUGGGCGGCUUCAAGCCAGCACCCCGCCCCCGACAGCAGCGGCUGCAGCCAAUCAGAGCCGAGCUCGUCGAGGGACCACGCGCUGGGAUUAUUCCCGCGCUUUUGUGAGCGCCAACACCCAGGCGCAUGCGCACUGGCGCAUCGAGCUCAUCUUUUUGGCCCGCGGGGAUGCUGAGCGCAACAUCUUCACCAGCGAGCGGCUCCUCACCAUCCACGAGAUCGAGCGCAAGAUCAUGGACCACCCGGGCUUCCGGGAGUUUUGUUGGAAGCCCCAUGAGGUGCUCAAGGAUCUGCCCCUGGGCUCCUAUUCUUACUGCUCCCCACCCAGCUCGCUCCUGACCUACUUCUUCCCCACGGAGAGGGGUGGCAAGAUCUACUACGAUGGCAUGGGCCAGGACCUGGCAGACAUCAGGGGUUCCCUAAAGCUGGCCAUGACACACCCCGAGUUCUACUGGUAUGUGGAUGAGGGUCUCUCUGCGGAGAACCUCAAGAGUUCCCUCCUGCGCAGUGAGAUCCUGUUUGGAGCACCCCUGCCCAACUACUACUCAGUGGAUGAUCGCUGGGAGGAGCAGCGUGCCAAGUUUCAGAGCUUUGUGGUCACCUACGUGGCCAUGCUGGCCAAGCAGUCUACUAGCAAAGUACAGGUUCUGUACGGGGGGACAGACCUCUUCGACUACGAGGUGCGAAGGACCUUCAACAAUGACAUGCUCCUGGCCUUCAUAAGCAGCAGCUGCAUCGCCGCCCUGGUCUACAUCCUCACCUCCUGCUCAGUCUUCCUGUCCUUCUUCGGCAUCGCCAGCAUCGGCCUCAGCUGCCUGGCCGCCCUCUUCCUCUAUCACGUGGUUUUUGGGGUGCAGUACCUGGGCAUCCUCAACGGUGUGGCUGCCUUCGUGAUCGUGGGCAUCGGCGUGGACGAUGUCUUUGUCUUCAUCAACACCUACCGCCAGGCUGCCCAUCUGGGGAACCCGCAGCUACGCAUGGCUCACACCAUCCAGACGGCGGGCAAGGCCACCUUCUUCACCUCACUCACCACAGCCGCCGCCUACGCCGCCAAUGUCUUCUCUCAGAUCCCAGCCGUGCACGACUUUGGUCUCUUCAUGUCCCUCAUUGUGUCCUGCUGCUGGCUGGCCGUGCUCUUCACCAUGCCCGCUGCCCUGGGCAUCUGGAGCCUGUACCUGGCGCCUCUGGAGAGCGCCUGCCAGACAAGCUGCCAGCAGAAAUGUGGCCGCAAGCGCUCCCUGCCCUGGCCCGGGGAUGUGUUCGCGACUCCAACAGGGCUGGGGGGCUGCCCAGGCCCCGGGCCUCUGCCCUACCUGGACGAUGACAUUGCGCUGCUGGAUGUGGACGAUGAGUCAGUAUCCCUGGAGCUGGGAGACGUUGCAAUGGUGGCGGUGGCCCCCGAGACCCCACAGCCCACCCAUGACAGGGCCAGCGGGGGCCAGCUUAUCACGCAGCUGCAGGGGCUGCUCCACCACUGGGUCCUGUGGUCGGCCGUCAAGAGUCGCUGGGUGAUUGUGGGGCUCUUCGUCACCAUCCUCGUCCUGUCCCUGGUGUUCGCCAGCCGCCUCCGCCCCGCCAGCCGGGCACCGCUGCUCUUCCGGCCGGACACCAACAUCCAGGUGCUGCUGGACCUCAAGUACAACCUGAGCGCCGAGGGCGUGUCCUGCAUCACCUGCUCUGGUCUGUUCCAGGAGAAGCCUCACAGCCUGCAGAGCAACGUCCGCACCUCCCUGGAGAAGAGGAAGCGAGGAUCGGGGGCCUGGGCCAGCCGGUCUGAGCCCACACCGCAGGAUGCCCCUGGCACCGUGUUUGUAUCCCGGGUGAAGACCCCAGGCCACCCAGCCAUCUACAGACUGUCCCUCAACGCCAGCCGGCCUGCGCCCUGGCAGCUGGUGGUCCCCGGGGAUGGGGACGUGCCCUCCUUCCAGGUGUAUAGAACGCCUGUUGGCGACUUCAGCAGGAAGCUGACCGCUUGUAUGUCUGCAGGAGGGCCCUUCCCGGCGGCCAGCCCCGCCCACAAGUGGAUGCUGACCACCUUGGCCUGCGACGCCAGGCGGGGCUGGAAGUUCGACUUCAGCUUCUACGCGGCCACCAAGGAGCAGCAGCACAGUCGGAAGCUGUAUUUCGCACAGUCUCACAAGCCGCCUUUCCAUGGGCGCGUGUGCGUGGCGCCCCCCGGCUGCCUGCUCAGCUCCGGCCCAGAUGGGCCCACGAAAGGCUUCUUCUAUGUGCCCAGCGAGAAAGUGCCCAGGACUCACCUCUCGCCCACCUUCGGCUUCAACCCCUGCGUGAACAUGGGCUGCGGGAAGCCGGCCGUGCGGCCGCUGGUGGACACGGGCGCCAUGGUCUUCGUGGUCUUCGGCAUCAUUGGCAUCAACCGCACACGGCAGGCGGACAACCACGUCCUCGGGGACCAGGGCAGCGUCGUCUACGAUGCCACCUUUGACCUCUUCAAGGAGCUCGGCCACCUGUGUCGCCUGUGCAAGGCCAUCGCGGGCAACGCGGAGCUGGUGAAGCCGGGCGGGGCCCAGUGCCUGCCCUCAGGCUACAGCAUCUCCUCCUUCCUGCAGAUGUUGCACCCCGAGUGCAAGGAACUCCCUGAGCCCAACCUGCUCCCAGGGCAGCUGUCCCACGGGGCGGUGGGCGUCAAGGAGGGCCGUGUGCAGUGGAUCUCUAUGGCCUUCGAGUCGACCACGUACAAGGGCAAGUCCUCCUUCCAGACCUACGCUGACUACCUGCGCUGGGAGCGCUUCCUGCAGCACCAGCUCCGGGCCUUCCCCGAGGGCUCGGCCCUGCGCCGAGGCUUCCAGACCUGUGAGCACUGGAAACAGAUCUUCAUGGAGAUCAUAGGGGUGCAGAGUGCUCUGUACGGCUUGGCCUUGUCCCUGCUCAUCUGCGUGGCCGCCGUGGCUGUGUUCACCACCCAUGUGCUGCUCCUGCUGCCUGUGCUGCUGAGCAUCUUGGGGAUCGUCUGCCUGGUAGUGACCAUCAUGUACUGGAGCGGCUGGGAGAUGGGCGCCGUGGAAGCCAUUUCUCUGUCCAUCCUCGUCGGCUCCUCCGUGGACUACUGUGUCCAUCUGGUGGAGGGCUACCUGUUGGCCGGAGAGAAUCUCCCGCCACACCAGGCUGAGGACGCGCACUCGCAACGCCAGUGGAGGACCCUGGAGGCCGUGCGGCACGUAGGCGUAGCCAUCGUCUCCAGUGCCCUGACCACAGUCAUCGCCACGGUCCCCCUGUUCUUCUGCAUCAUCGCCCCAUUCGCCAAGUUCGGCAAGAUCGUGGCACUCAACACGGCCAUCUCCAUCCUCUACACGCUGACGGUCAGCACGGCCCUGCUGGGCAUCAUGGCACCCGGCUCCUUCACUCGGACCCGGACUUCUUUCCUCAAAGCCCUGGCGGCCGUGCUGCUGGCGGGGGCUGUGGGGCUGGGCGCCUGCCUCCUGCUUCUCCGCAGCGGCUACAAGAUCCCUCUGGCCACCGGCGCCACCCUAUAGCCCUGGCCCAACUCGAUUCUCCGCACUUUGGGCCAUGAAGUGAGGGGGUGUAGGGGGAGCACAAAGUUCUCUCUUGAACCCCCACAAGGCUGCCAUUCCCCGCUCUGCACCUGCCAGCUCUGCUUCCCACUCCCCUCAGGAACCAACACCCAUCCUGCUGUCCACACAGUAGGAGCCAGAGUUGGGUACAGAAACCGGGGGACCUCCCCUCUGCUGACUUCAGCUGCACUGGGUCCCCCACUAAGACUGGAAGAGACCCACUCUCCUCCCACGCGUGUGCAGUCCUAGGGGACCCCCGUUACCUUUCAGGGGGUCUCUCUUCCAUUGCUUCAGUGCUUACACCACCAUUCGGACCUAGUGCCUACCGGUCUCUCAUUCUUUAGGCCCCAAGAGGCAAAGUGGCCACCGGACAGCUGGUUCGGGAGUCUGUCUUGAGGGGUUCUUGACCAGAAGAGCACAGAGGGGUCCAGGGCAGGGGCCUUAUACUCCUUGCAACUUCUCUCUGCUUCAACUGCCCACCAUCACCAUGCCGUGUCCUGCCCAGACCUUUGAGACCAAGCCAAGACAAAAUGAGGGGUCCGGCCUGAGCUUCUGCAUGUCCUGCCCGGUCCCGCCCUCA